UCCCGUAGGUGUGUUUGAAAGCGCGCUCUCAUGCAGUCGCAGAGGCGAAAUCUUCCAAUAUUUUCAGCCAGAAAGAGCUUGUUGGACGAGAUUAUGGGUCACAAUUGUUUGAUAAUUAUUGGAGAGACUGGCAGCGGCAAAACAACUCAAAUUCCUCAAUAUCUCUAUGAAGCUGGAUUGUCAAAGAAUGGAGUAAUAGCUUGCACACAGCCUCGUCGUGUUGCUGCUACAACAGUAGCAGAGAGAGUUGCUGCAGAAAUGGGAGUUCGUCUCGGAGCUGAGGUUGGAUAUUCUGUUCGUUUUGAUGACUGCUCUUCUUUCCAAACAAGAGUCAAGUACAUGACUGAUGGAAUGUUGUUAAGAGAAGCAAUGACAGAUCAAAAUCUAAUGAAAUACAGUGUUGUGAUAUUGGAUGAGGCUCAUGAGAGAACUCUACACACAGACAUUCUCUUUGGAAUCAUAAAGGCAGCUAAAGACAAAAGAGCAGCAAAGCAACUGAAAUCAUUGAAGGUGAUUGUCACGUCAGCUACUCUGCACGCUGAUCAGUUUUCUGUAUUUUUUGGUGGAGCAAAAGUUCUCUACAUUCAAGGACGUCAACAUCCUGUAGAGGUGUUUUACACAGAUGAAAGUCAAACAGACUACUUACGGGCUGCUGUUGUUUCUGCUUUUCAAAUUCAUCAAGAGAAGCCUCCACAUGGAGAUAUCCUUGUUUUCCUAACUGGACAAGAUGAGAUUGAUACAGCUUGUAGGAUUAUAAAAGAUUGCCAGCGUUACCUCCCAUCAGAUUGUCCUCAAUUGGUGAUAUGCCCAUUCUAUGCAGCUCUUCCAAGUAAACAUCAGACAAGAGUGUUUUCUCCUACUCCAUCGGGUUGUCGUAAGAUCAUUUUGGCUACAAACAUUGCAGAGACGUCUAUCACUAUACCUGGUGUCAAGUAUGUUAUUGACACAGGAAUGGUUAAGGCAAAGAGUUUUGACCCUCAAACUCAACUGGAGCUGCUGACAGUGCGGCCAGUUUCUAAAGCUCAAGCAAGACAACGGCUAGGACGGGCAGGACGAGAAGAAAGUGGUGUUUGCUAUCGACUCUUUACUGAGGAAUCAUUUGAAUGUUUAGCUGAGCAGACUGUCCCAGAAAUACAGAGAUGCAAUCUUUCAACUGCAGUCUUGGAACUACUGGCUGUUGGUGUGUCUGAUGUAUUAGGAUUUGAUUUUAUGGACAAGCCGUCCAAACAGGCUCUACAGUCUGCUUUGGAACUUUUAUGUUUGCUGGGAGGAGUGGAGAAAGAUGAGAAAUUACAGCUGUCAGUGCUAGGGAAAGAAAUGUCUCGUUUUCCUAUUGAUCCAAAGCUAGCCAAAGUAGUGCUUACAGCUAAGAAUUUCAAUUGCUUAGAGGAAGCAGUCACUAUUGCAGCUUUAAUGUCAUCUGAUUCUGUAUUAUACAGCCCACCUGGCAAGCAAGGAGAGCUAGCUUCUCAGGCACAUCAAAAAUUUUAUUCAAGUGAAGGUGAUCAUGUGAUGUUGCUAAACAUCUAUCGUGCGUUCAAAGCAGCAUCAAACAAUGGAUGGUGUAAUGAACAUUUCAUCAACAAGAGAAACAUGAAAGUGGUUAGUGAUGUGAGGCAGCAACUACGACGAAUUUGUGAACAAUUGCAACUGCCAUUUGAAUCAUGUCAUCAGGAUACAAGUAAACUAAGGCAAUGUUUGACAUCUGGAUUCUUUGUCAAUGUUGCAGAAUAUCAGAAAGAAGGGCAUUACAUUACGGUAGGAGCAAGACAGCCUGUUGCCAUUCAUCCAUCGUCGUGUCUCUUCCACAAGAAACCAGCUGCCCAGUACUUGUUGUACAAUGAGAUUGUCUACACAUCUAAAUGUUACAUGAGGAACGUGUCUGUGAUUGACAGCAGUUGGCUGCACCAGGUUGCCCCCUUAUAUUUUCGACCGAAGCUAACAAAGAACUUGUGACAAUAUAUGCAUCCGUUUUAGUAGAUAUUUAUUAUUUAAUUAACAAGAACGCGAUAAAUGUUUGUAUGCUUUUCAUGUGAUUGUGUGCUCUGGUUUGUAUACAUAGAUGGAAAGUAGACUGUUCCUUA